AUGGCGCUCUCUCUCUCCGAUGUAAAGUACUCGGACAUCGCCUUGCUUGUCCGAAGUAUCGAUUACCCUGCAAUGCAGGACGGUCCACUGUACCGGAUCAUGUUUAACGCCAUCUUGGGAGAUGACGAGCGCGAGGAUAUUGUGAAAUGGUAUACUGUUAGCAUGGCGCGUGCCUUCUACAGCGGCACACAACUUUGCAAAGCCUGCGCAGUCGAUGGCACACCGCUCGGAUUUGCUAGUUGGGUAUUGGAAGACACGACCAUGUGCAGUACGCCGGACCAAUCGAAAAGGAGCUGCAAAGAAGGAAAUUACCUUCCAGACAAACUUGACAUAUCUGCGUGGCUGAAGGUAUCAAAUGCUCUGAUGAAAGAGCGGAAACGCAUCCUCAGUAACCUUGAUAAUGUGAUGCGCUUAACGUUUAUGUCCGUACAUACGGAACACCAGAACCAAGGAGUUGGUUCAUUUAUGAUGAAAUGGAUUUGCCAAGAAGCAGACCGACACAAUAGAGAUAUGUAUGUGCUGGCAUCGCCAGCAGGCGUCUAUCUGUACGCAAAGUUUGAGUUUGAGACUGUCGGCCAAGUAGACACAGGAAAGGGCGUGAUCACAAGCAUGUUACGGAAAAGCAGAUAA